AUGGUGGUAUUAGCUGUCUCUAUUACUACCCGUAAGGGUAAGCCUCUUUUGUCUCGUCAAUUCAGAGACAUCACAAAGGAUCGUGUUAUGGAAUUGUUGUCCAAUUUCCAAACUCUAGUAGCCAAUUCAUCUAAACAGCACACAUUUGUUGAAGAUGAGCAUGUGAGAUAUGUUUACAAACCAUUUGAUGACUACUACAUCAUUUUAUUGACCAACCUACACUCUAAUAUAAUCCAGGAUAUGAACACGUUGAAUACAUUUGUUCAAACGGUCGACUCUACUUUGAAGGGUUUAAGCGAGGAAGAUAUAUUCCACAGCGCUUUUGACAUUCUAAAUUCGUUUGAUGAAAUCAUCACAAUGGGCUACAAGGAGAACUUGUCAUUGACCCAAAUAAAGACCUUUUUAGCAAUGGAAUCACACGAAGAAAGAAUCCAGGAGAUCAUUGAACGUAAUAAAGAAUUCGAAGCUGCUGAGGAAAGAAAGCGUCGUGCUAAGGAAAUCUCAAGAAAGGAACAAGCCAGAAAACUGGGUAUUCCAGAUACCCAAGAGUUCACUGGUAUUCAUGGUGGUGUUAUGAACAAAGCUUACGAUAGUUACUACAGCCAUGCCUCUUCUGCUGCCCAACAAUCAUACAUGCACACACAAUCAAACCAGGGAUCUCAAUCUGCCCAAAACCAAGGUGCUGCACCUCAAAUGAUGCAACAACCAACCUACGGCAGCGGCUCUCGUGAGCCACUUGGUGGUAAGGGUCUACAACUAAAUGGUCCAAGAAGAGGUGGUGUUGAAAGACCAGCCAAGUCAUUUGAAAGACAAUCUCUACCGGUGCAGGCUUCUUUGGAGCCUGAAGAAGAAAAGCCAACGAACAAUGGUAUUUUGAUUAGUGUUAAAGAAACCAUAAACGCUGAGAUCUCCCGUGACGGUGCAAUUCUGGGAUCAGAAUUAAAGGGUGUCCUAGAAUUAAGAGUCAAUAACCCAGAUUUGGCGCAUGCUAAGCUCUGUUUAGGAGAUGACGUCAACGUCAAAGAUAAGACUUAUCAGUUCAAAACCCAUCCAAACGUGGACAAAGCAGGCUUCUUAAACAACAGAAUGAUUGGGCUAAAGGACCCUAACAAGCCAUUCCCAUCUAACGAUCAAAGUCUAGGGGUUCUCAGAUGGCGUAAGGUCAAGGGUGCGGAUGAACACGAUCUAAUUCCAUUAGAGGUAUCUACAUGGCUAUCUCCAUCCGAUGAAUCACAAGGAUCUAUGGAUGUCACUUUUGAAUAUGAAGUCAAUAGCGAUUAUGAAGGUACCAUAGAUGAACUACGUUUCUUGAUUCCUGUAUUCACCGAAAGUGUAUUCAUCAAAGAUGAUUCUAAUGAGGUGAAUGCAAAGAUCGAAGCUAUCGACGAAUCCCAAGGUGUUAUUAUCAAGGUAGAUCCAAUCUCAUCAGGUGAAUCAGGCGUAUUCAGUAUUACUAUCGAAGCUGCUUAUGAAGACGCACUCUUCCCAAUUAACAUUGCUUUGAAGAACAGCAAUGCUCUCCCAUUAUCAAAACUAAAUAUCGCUUCUGUGAUUUCCGCUGUAGAAGAAACAGAGUUACCUUUCGAUACGAUUUCUACUUUGAAGAGCGAACAAUACGUAGUCGUAUAG